UAGCAAAUCAUGCACAUGAAUCUUGUCAUUGACAACCUUUACAAGAGAUAGGGAGGGGAAUGGCUACAAAAAGGCCAAAGUUCAAAUAUACCUAUGAUGUAUUCUUAAGUUUUAGAGGUGAAGAUACGCGUAAAUCAUUUACUACUCAUCUUUAUAAUGCUCUAAAGCAAGUAGGAAUUGAGGUCUUCAUGGAUGAUGAAAGGAUUGCAAAGGGAGAACAUAUUCCAAGUUCAUUACUACAAGCAAUUGAACAUUCUAGAAUUUCAAUCAUUAUAUUCUCACAAAAUUAUGCUGGCUCUAGUUGGUGCUUGCAAGAAUUAGAGAAAAUCAUGGAGUGCUACAAAACAACUCAACAAGAGGUUUUUCCUCUAUUCUAUGAUGUGCAACCAUCUGAAGUUCGUAAACAGCAGAAUGCCUUUGGAAAAGCAUGGGAAAGGCUUAUAACGACAUUCCCGAUCAGAAAAGGUAGGAAAUUGGCAAUCAAUUUGAAGAGAGUCCUUAAUGAGGCUGCUAACUUAUCAGGGUGGGAUAUGCAAAAAUACAGAACUGAGGCUGAGUUACUUGAUGAUAUUGUUAAAACUGUCACAAUGAGGCUAGACAACAGCAAAUACAUGUUUGUUGCUCACCAUCCAGUGGGUUUGGAUUCUCGAGUGCAAGAUAUCAUCCAAUUGCUAAGUUGUGAAUCAAAUGAGAUUAUCAUAAUUGGAAUUUGGGGGAUGGGUGGGGUGGGUAAGACGACGAUGGCUAAAGCUAUUUACAAUGAAAUGGGCCAAAGUUUUGUGGGAAAGAGUUUCCUUGCAAAUAUUAGGGAAGUAUGGAAGCAUGAUAAUGGUCAAGUCUAUUUGCAAGAGCAACUUCUUUCUAGCAUCUUGAAAACAAGAAGAAUCAAUAUACCAAAUGUAGGAUUGGGAAAAUCUCUAAUCAAGGAAAUUCUUUGUCAAAAAAGAGUAUUCAUUGUAUUAGAUGAUGUGGAUCAUGAAGACCAGCUCAAAGUUUUAUGUGAGAGACGUGAAUGGUUUGGACAAGGCAGUAGAAUAAUUGUCACUACUAGAGAUGAACGUCUGCUUCAAAUCCUUCAAGUGAAUAAAGUAUUCAAUGUGAGGGGAAUGGAUGAUAAUGAAUCUAUUGAACUUUUCAGUUGGCAUGCUUUUAAGCAAGCGCUUCCUGAAAGAAAUUUUAAUGAACUUUCAAGAAGGGUAGUAUCAUACUCAGGAGGCCUACCACUAGCUCUCGAGAUCCUUGGCUCAUAUUUGUUUGAUAGGGAAAUACCUUAUUGGGAAAGCGCUUUGAAUAAAUUGGAACAAAUUCCAAAUGGUAAAAUACAUGAAAUUCUAAAAAUAAGUUAUGAUGGUUUGAGUGACCAAAUAGAGCAAGAGCUAUUCUUGGACAUAUGUUGUUUCUUCAUUGGGAAGGAUAGAAGCUAUGCUACUCAAGUAUUAGAUGGUUGUGGACUUCAUGCAGAAGUUGGAAUUACCCACCUAAUCGAGCGAAGCCUUGUAAAAGUUGUAAAGUUUGGAAAUAAAAAUAUAUUUGAUAUGCAUGACUUAAUACGUGAUAUGGGAAGAGAAAUAGUUCGUGAGCAAUCGCCAACGAAGCUAGAGAAGCGUACAAGAUUGUGGUCUAAGGAUGAUGUGUUGAAUGUGUUAGAAAAUAACAUUGGAACAAUGACUAUUAAGGGGUUGUCUUUAAACAUGCCAAGAAAUAAUUUAGUAUCCUUGAGUACCAAGGCAUUUGAGAAUAUGAAGAGGAUUCUUCUACUCAACUUUGAUCAUGUACAGCUUAACGGAGACUAUGGUUGUCUAUCAAAAGAAUUGAGAUGGCUUUGUUGGCAUAACUCUCUCUUAGAAAACUUGCCAACGGACUUCAAUCUAGAAAAGACAGUUGCCAUUGACUUAAAGUGGAGUAAUCUCACAAAAGUAUGGCUGAAAAACCAGGUGAUGGAAUGGUUGAAAGUUCUCAAUUUGGGUCAUUCUCAUUGCCUAACAGAAACACCUAACUUCUCAAAACUACCGUAUCUUGAGAAGCUGAUACUUAAAGAUUGUCCACGUUUGUGUAUGAUUCACCCUUCCAUUGGGAAUCUUAGAUAUCUUAUUAUGUUAAAUUUGAAAAAUUGCAUUGGCUUGGAGCAGCUCCCAAAAGGUAUAUAUGACUUGAAGUCAUUGAGAACUCUCAAUCUUUUUGGUUGCUCCAAGAUUGAAAGGUUGGAUGAAGACAUUGAGAAAAUGGAAUCCUUAAUGAUUUUGGGAGCCAGUCACACUGCUAUAACACAAGUACCUAUCUCAAUAAUGAGACUGAAGAACAUUAAAUAUGUUUCUUUAUGUGGUUAUGAAGGAUUGCCCCGUGAUGUAUUUCCAUCUCUUUUUUGUCGUGGAUGCCCCCAACAAAUCAUUCAAAGUCCUUUUGUCAAGCCUUUGGGAUCACGCCAUCGUUAAUCAAGUUUGUUUCACAUCCUUUGUUUGCCAAAAGUCAUAAACUGUUCAAAGCAAUAUCAAGAACAUCUCAAGCUUCACAUAAAAAGACGCCGGCAUUGAUUGGUUUUCACGAGCAAGUUUACAAGAAAAGAUCAGAAACAUUCACGAGUUCUCUCACUAUUCAUGUAGGUGAGCUCAACCGAGUCAUUGACACACUUUUAAAAAGUGUUGCACAGGUUAUUCUCUUUAUCUCUCUACUAAAGCAUAAUUUAUUUGGGCUAUGUGGAAGAACGUCUUUUUCUUUUUAUACAUCUUUAACUUAAAUGUUCAAUGCGUGUUUCUAUUAAUUUCAUUUGUGCGCAUGUAUGUUGGAAGACACACGCUUAUAAUAAUGUAUGUGCACAUCUAAGUACGUAACAAUCCCCCUUGAUUAUGCUGUUAAGUGUUUAGAAGGCAUCUUGAAAGUGUUAAUUAUGUUUAAAAUAGCGUCAAAUGUUCGAUAUGUACAUAAUCUAGGGAUGCAUGUAAUUGAAUAGCUUAUGAUUGCUUCUUAAGGUUUUAAAGCAUACUAUACUCCGCAUUCGAAUAUUGGCUUGUAAUGUAGCUGACUUCGUCUGGAAAUAUUUGCUUCCAACGAUGGCAUUCAAGCACAUUUUGUUUGGUGUUUAAAAAUGUACAUGUUCAAGAGUGAGUGCUAAUAUCUUCUGUACCUAAACGCCCAUCUGUGCAUAAUACAUUCUGGUAUAUAUGUACGGUUAAUCGGGUUCUUCUUUGCUAUGUUUAUGACUUAGGGAUGCAAUGAAAGAGGGUUUGGAGUUAAUUCUCUUCCUGGAGACAAUUAUCCUCAUUGGCAGAAUUUUAAAGGUGAAGGAUCUUCGAUAUUCUUUGAAGUUCCUCAAAUUAUUGGCAAAAGCUUGAAAGGAUUGAUUCUGUGCGUAAUAUAUUUGUCUUCUCAAGAUAACAUGACAUCUGUAUAUCCUGUUGGAGUCUUGGUAUCAAACCGUACAAAGGGUGCCAUUAAAUUCUACCAGAAAGAUGCAACAAGUGCCUCAAAUGAUGAAGAUAAUUGGCAAGACAUAAUCUCUAAUUUGGAGCCUGGUGACAGAGUGGAGGUUCUAGUCACUUUUGCUUGUGAAUUGAAAGUGAAAAAUACACUUGUCUAUUUGGUAUAUGAUAAAGAUGUUAGCAAGAGAAUCAUGUAUUGAAUGUAUCCGAGAACAUAUUUUUAUAGGCAGUCUUUGAAUGUGAAAAAGAAAAUCUCAAAUAAAAAUGUAAUCACAACUGUUGUUAGAGCCAAGCUGAUAGAUAAAAGAUUUUUGCUUGCAGAA